AUGGCAUCGGCUCCGUUGUUCGAGGCCUUGCGCUUAGCCUACAACGAUGACGUUUCGGACGGCUACUGGGGUCAUAAGACGUCUACAUUGAACUUUUGCGAAGAGGAUUAUGCAGUCUCAUACUACUGUGCUGAAGUUUGUAAUAUGGUUGACGAGCUCUCCAUGAUCUACACGACGUGUCUGAUGGUCUUUGCCACCUUCUCGUUCUCGAAACCACCGCGUUUCGCCGUAGUUCUGGGGACCGGCCUCGUUUUCCUAGCCGCCUUCAUCACGGUCGUUCUCCGCAGCCUGUAUGUGAUGGAGACCCAGCUGCGCCCGGUUCUUACCAAGAGGAACGGCGUCAAGGCCCAAGCUAUCCUAAAAACCAUGUGGAUCAUGGUUGGCACAGGUCUCGCCGUAUUCCUCCUGGGUUUCUUCAUUUGGAACCUGGACAAUGCUUUCUGCAGCCGCAUUCGACAUUGGAGGCGGCAGCUCGGUUUGCCCUGGGGAGCUCUGCUCGAGGGUCACGCCUGGUGGCACUUGAUGACAGGAAUUGGAGGUAUGGAUUACAUGAGCCUUCGUGUCCGAUGGCGGGGUUUCUGGCAUCUCCAUUGUGCUAACCAAACAUUAGCAUACUACUACAUCACUUGGGGGAUUUGGCUCCGUAGAUGUCUCGAGGGCCGCGAGAACGAGUACAGGCUCGUUUGGCCUAGGUCACUGUCGUCGAUACCUCUUGUCGUUAGAAGGGGAAAGGCCGAAUGA